AUGGUUGCAGUUAUAAAGGGCAAUGGGCAGACUGAAAAAUAUUCCUGGAGUUAAGCUUGUGAUAUUGAUAGAGGAAGAAUGGACAGAAAGCAUGGAAACUACACAGUGAAUGUUGAAUGCUCUGGAAAUCAGCUACCAAGCAUAUGUUCACAUGACCAAGAGGCUCACAGUUCCACACACUGGUGUCCACCUCCAAAUGACAUAACCAGUGAUAUCUCCUCCAACUUAUCUGGGGUCUGGGUGAACCCAGGAAUCCUUGCACAGUCAAGAUGCCCACAGGCAGAAUUAUCCAACAUGCAGAUAAAAGAAAAGUCUCUGUGCUCUCUGUGGAAGGUUUUCCUGGCUUGUCUUUUGGCAAGUAUGAUAACAACAGCAAUUGGAGUCCUUAUACUAUCCCUGGUAAACAAUAAAGGAAAUAAUUCCACCAUUGUUAUCCAGCCACCCACAAACAACGGAGGGCCUGCAACAGCCUCUACUAAUUCUCAGUCUACACUGACCACCACUUCAACUCAACCUGCAACAGCAACCACUUCAACAGGAUCUACAAGCACUGCAGUCUCCACUGGAACUACAACAGCAAUGGCCUCAACCAUCACUUUAGCUCCACCUGCAACCACAUCAGCUACAACAUCAGGUGAAAGCACAGUCACCACAGCUGCCACAGGAUCUACAACUACUGCAACAUCCAGUGGAACUACAGCUUCAACAACAUAACCUCUUACCACAACAGCCACAACUUUGAGUGAAGCCACAGCUGCUACCUCUGCCACAGGAUCCACAGCUGUUGCAGUUGGCUCUCAGUGUACAAUUAAAUCACUACAGCCAUCAUUCCAAUUGACUCUGCAAUCUCUAUCCCUCAAUUUAGUUUACAGCCAUAACAGCUAUUUUAUCACUUGAAGUUGAACCACAGCUACCACCUCUUUAACAGACUCUAACACUGUUGUAACUUCAGUGAGCCUAGCUGACAGCUGAAACAAUCACCAUUUGCACCAUCUUUUCAAUGGUACCCUCAACUAUGUUCACUUCAACUAAAUCUAUAACAAAUACUACUUCCAUCUGCCCUACAAAUACUGUGACUUCUCUUUUUUUGGUACUGGGGAUCGAACUCGGGACCUUGUGCUUGCAAGGCAGGUGGCGGAAUCA